UAUUUUUCAAAGUUAUUUUUAUGUAAAGCAAAAUAUAUCAGGGAUGAAUGUAUAUUUUUUUCUGCUCCAGUAGCUAGAAGAAUUGAAUUUUUUCCAACUUAGAGUUCAUCAAAAGACAGAAAGGAAAAGGAAGAAAGAAAGUGUAUGACAUAUGUUUAACAUAUUUUUUGUAAUGAUCCAAUGUUCUUAGUAUUUAACUAUAAAAAUAUUCUUGGGUGAUGAUAACUGGAGGAUCAGAAGAAAACCAGCACUAUACAAAUGUUUGUAGCUUUUGGGCAGGCUUUUAAAUCGAUUGUGUGGUAGCUAAAGUUGUAAUUGAAGUGUUUUUCAAAGCAUUUAAUGAAGAAAAUACUAGUUUCUUAUGUUUCCUACAUCUCAUUUGUGAGUGAACUAGCAAUGGUAGGGGGAGCAUAGAUAAGAUUUUUCUCAUGUGAAGCCUUAGAAAUCUGUAGUGAUUGUCACACAUAUGUUUUUGAUGUGCAGGUUCAAGGAUUAUGUUGUGCUAGGUGGGAGGAGUGUUCUUCAUCAGUGACUUGGACUGUUUCAAGCAUUUUUAUGUGCACAGGAAUUAAGAUGGAUGAAGUGUUUCAUUGGUCAUAGCAGCAGCAGGAUAUACAAGGCCACCAGGAGAGGCUGAGCCCAUGCAGAGCUGAGCAGAACAAUCCCCUCCCUUGCCCCGGUGUGCCUGAUGCUCCCAGGGAGGCCCUGCAGAGAGAUCUCGACAGACCAGAGGUCUGGGCAGUCACCAGCCACAUGAAGUUCAACAAGGCAAAGUGCUGGGCUUUGCCCUGGGAUGGGGCAACCCUGGAUGGAGAAACUGGGCAAUGAGAGGCUGGAGCAUUGUCGUAACUUAAAGGGCAUAAUGCAGAAUCCGUUAACAGUUUCUGCAGGUGGUGUUUUUUUGCAUGCUAAUCCUGCAGAGAAACAUUGUGUCCAACAAAGUAUGCUGGGUCAGCAAAAGCAAGAAACUUGUGCUGGAAAGACAGUAUCCACAGAUAAACAGAAAUCCCCUUCGGAUAUAAUACAAAGUUUUCAGAAGAAAAGUCAGUUUAGGACCAUUGCUCCAAAAAUGGUACCAAAAAUUUUAACAUCUGGAGUCGUUUCUUGCCUUCAGUCAUCUUUGCCUGAGCCAAUGGCACCAAUUUCAGCUUCAGCUUCUAAGCCCCUGGUGGUGCCAGCUCAGAAUUAUGCUGUCAUGCAGGUGGCUGCUCACAAGGGCACAUUUUCCCUGUUGGCUGUGCCCUGUAUUGCUCCUGCCCUAACUCAGCAAGUUCAGCAGUCAACUGUGGCACCAUCAGAAAACCUGAAGCUGCCCAUCCCCAGAUACCAAUCUGUAAGAAAUAAAUUGCUGAGUGACAAAAACCCAGCACAGAUCUCUGGUUUGAGUCCACAUAAAAAGAUUCCUACCAAAGCACUGAUCUCAUCACAGACUUCCCCCAUGACUGCUCUACCUGAAGACUGUUCUAAAGCUCAUUCGAAUUCAGAUUCAGCUGAGCAAGGUAUGAGAACAGACUGUGACUCAGCUGAAAUUGAAGUUGUCACAUUGGUAAAUAAAAGCAAUUGUGUGAAAUCUGGAUCUCUUUUAAUGAACAAAACUGAAAUUGCUAGCAAUAAUAUUUCUGGACCAUCUGUAGUUGAAGACUCUCUAUCCAAGCCAGCAAGUACAACUAAUCCCAUGAAACCAAGUCUACACUCUGUGAAGACAGCGUUGGAAACCACAAGAGAGUCACUCCUGACAUCUGGGAAACUAAAGGAAAAACCCACUAAUUCUGCAAAUCCUGUUGCUGUCUUGUCACCAGCAGUUUUUGGCAGUACGAUUCAGACAACUCCAUCAACACCAAAAGGCAAACUUCCUAUUUUGCCGUACUCGAAAAUGAAAAAUUCAAUGUUCUACGAAUCUAAGCAGAAUGCUAAUGCUAUGGACAUACCUGGUCAUUCACUAAAAUCUGAAUGUGAAAAGAUACCAUCUUUGAUGGAAACCAAAGCAUUUGGUAAGCAAUUAGGUGUAUCAUUUACACAAGUCCCCAAACAAGCCAUCCGAGAAAAUACCUUCUCUCCAUCCAGCAAAGUGGAUGAUGUCGACAGUCUUAAAAAAUUGAACAGUGCAACCUCUAAAAGAAGAGGCAGGAAAAAAAGAGCUCCAGAAGAUUUAUUGGCUUUUCAGGCCAAGAGAAGGAAAUGCAUCAUUAGUAAGUUUAGAGAAGGAAGAGAGAGGGCAAAGGCUGAUGCUCAGACACCUGAAGACAAUAAAGCAGAAGCAGUGAAAAAAUACCGCAGUAUCAGACCGAAACCAGUGGUAGUUGUGCAGGCGUUCACACCGCUGACUCCUGCAGCAAUCGGAGAGACGCCAUCUCACGAGCAAGACUUACUUUUAAAUGGUUCACUCUCCAAUAGAUGUUUAAGUUCCAAGCACAGUGAUGUCACAUCAGCUAGAUCAAGUGGUCUAAGUAGAAAUACAUGUUCAGCUGUCCCUAAGCCGCUGCACAGAUGCCAUGUCUGUAACCACACGUUCCAGUUCAAGCACCAUCUCCAGGACCACAUGAACACGCACACGAGCAGGCGCCCCUACAACUGCAGGAUCUGCAGGAAGGCAUACAUCCACUCUGGGAGCCUGAGCACCCACAUGAAGCUUCAUCACAACGAAGGCAAACCCAAAAAGCUGGUGUGCUGUGAAUUCUGUGCUAAAGUUUUUGGCCAUGCCAAAGUGUACUUUGGCCACCUCAGAGAAGUCCACAGGGUUGUUAUCAGCACAGAGCCCUCCAUUAGUGAGCAACAGAUGCAUGAUACUUUAAAGAAGAGAGACAGGAAUAUAAACGAGGCAGAAGAAGCUACAGAGAGGGGAAAUAAGUGCAAUUUUGAGGACCUAUUCCAUAACCCGAGAGGAGUGAAAUUACAGGUCAAAUGUGGUCGAUGCCAGUUUAUUGCAGAGUCUUUUGGUGAAAUUAAGUUUCACUUAUUGUGUUGUCAUGGAGAAGAGAUUCAGGGAAGAGUGAAGGAAGGGGAUUUGCAAGGAAGCAGAGGAACAAAGGGGGAGCUGGUCAUGCAUACAACCCACAUGUGGAAACAGCACGAGAGACGACGUUUGGCAAAGUGCAGUGCCCGUCAGGAGGAGCUGUGUACUGUUCCAAAACCAAAGAGACAGAUAAAACCAAAGAGACAGAUAAACUUCCACUGUCAAAAUAAUGUCAAUAUUUUACCUAAAAGUGUACCACCUCAGCCAGGAGGUACUGAAGCCUCCAAGGAGAUGCAAAAUGUGGGGUGUGGUACACCAAGGAAAAAAAUAGAAUUUCGGUCUAAAGCAGGGUAUAACUGCAUUUUAUGCAAACAGUUAUUUGGAAGAAAAGAGGAUCUUUGUGAUCAUUGGCAGAGUCACCAUAAUUGUGAAGACCCUUCCACUUUAUGGACAAUUUUUACUUUGGUUUCUUAACCAGGAGUUAUUGAACUUUCUAAUAAUGGUGAAUAUUGAGGCUCAACUCUACAAUGCUAUGAAAAACAUUAACUACCUUACCAAAUUGGUUUUUUUCACUAUCUAUGCUGAACUAACUCAAUGGAUGUAUCACUUCAAAGGUUUGUUAGUUGGGUUUGUUUGGGAUAUUUUUUCAAGUCAUACUAACCUUUAUUUUGGUGACUAGAAAAUGUGUUUAUUCCAUAUCAUUCCAGAUGGAUAUAUGGAAGCUGAUUAUGAAUCCGUGUACUUAAAAUUAAUGCUUAAGGAACUUUAUAACUGCAAAUACUCAACACUAAUGGUUAACCUCAAGAAAAUAUAUUUGCGAGUUAAAUUAUACUGUACACAUAGAAAUAAAUAAAUUUAUAUAAAGUCA